GCACGAGAUUUGAUUAUGUGCCACAACGGUUUGCCGUACGGACCAACGAUAGUUCAUCUCGACAAACUUCCGUAAGGAAUAAACAUCCCAAUACUGUCUGCCUUUCUCAGGCUGUGGUGCUGAGAGGUGAUGCUGGGGGUAGCAGGGAUGCCGGGCAGCAUAGCCAAUGCCCUGGCAAGUGCAAGCUGCGAGCGAUGCAAAAGUGGCUUCGCUCCAACUGAGAAGAUUGUCAACAGUAAUGGAGAGCUGUACCAUGAGCACUGCUUUGUAUGCGCCCAGUGUUUCCAGCAGUUUCCAGAAGGACUCUUCUAUGAGUUUGAAGGAAGAAAAUAUUGUGAACACGACUUCCAGAUGCUCUUUGCUCCUUGCUGCCACCAGUGCGGGGAGUUCAUCAUAGGGCGCGUGAUUAAGGCCAUGAACAAUAGUUGGCACCCUGAGUGCUUCUGCUGUGACAUUUGCCAGGCAGUGCUUGCAGAUGUGGGAUUUGUCAAAAAUGCUGGCAGGCACCUGUGUCGCCCAUGUCAUAACCGUGAGAAAGCUCGUGGUCUAGGCAAGUAUAUCUGCCAGAAGUGCCACGCCAUCAUCGAAGAACAGCCGCUGAUCUUUAAGAAUGACCCGUAUCACCCAGAUCACUUCAACUGCAGCAACUGUGGGAAGGAGUUGACAGCGGAUGCAAGGGAGCUGAAAGGAGAACUCUUCUGUUUGCCGUGCCACGACAAAAUGGGCGUCCCGAUCUGCGGUGCCUGCAGGAGACCCAUCGAGGGCCGUGUGGUUAAUGCCAUGGGCAAACAGUGGCAUGUGGAGCACUUUGUGUGUGCCAAAUGUGAGAAGCCUUUCCUCGGUCAUCGCCAUUAUGAGAGGAAGGGAUUGGCGUACUGUGAGACUCAUUAUAAUCAGCUCUUCGGCGACGUGUGCUAUCACUGCAACCGUGUGAUUGAAGGCGAUGUUGUUUCUGCUCUCAACAAAGCCUGGUGUGUCGGUUGUUUCUCGUGCUCCACCUGCAACAACAAACUCACUCUCAAAGAUAAGUUUGUUGAAAUUGACCUGAGGCCGGUGUGCCGGCACUGCUAUGAACGCAUGCCCGAGGAGCUGAAGCGUCGCCUGGCUCGACGCGAGCGCGACGCCAAAGACCGCAAGAAAAAGCCAGCUGUCUGUCUGUAGAUCUAAUUCUUAAAAUAUUCACCGCUCCAUCCUGUAGCUGGUGCAGCUGCUGCCUUCCUCCUGUUCUUGCUUCCUUCCUCUUCGUCUGUCCAGCAUGCUGUUAUUUAUUUGUAACUCCUGCACUAAGCAAAUUUAACAUGAAAGGAUGUUAAACACAAUCUCAGUUGGAUCAAGUUGCUUUAGUUUUAAAAACAAUUUAUUUUUGAAUUAUUGAAAGCAAAAAAGCUGUGAGUGCUCAGUUGUUUUGUUACCAAUCAACAGCUCGACACCCGCGUCCUUCAGUGUUGGUAUUUUUUCUUUCCCUUCUGCAGGAACAAGUUUGUUGAGUUUGACAUGAAGCCGGUUUGUAAAAAGUGUUAUGAGAAGUUUCCUCUUGAGCUCAAGAAAAGGCUGAAGAAGUUAGCUGAGACGUUGGGACACAAGUGAGCCGCGCCAGCAUGCUCAUCACCUGGAAGUGCUCCUUUAGUGUCUGUGGUGGUAAAGUAUUCAGGGGAACUGCUGCAGAACAACGUAACGAGAGCACGGAGGCUGAAUAAAGAACAUUUUGAUAGAUAAACACUUUGAGGUUGGGGGUUCUCCUACUUCUGCCGAAGUCUUUGUCCAAAUCACUCUUUGAGUUACUCUGCAAACCUGUUUCAGGUUUAAUGCAGAACAUCAAUAGUAAAAAAAUUCAAAUCUGAAUUACAAUAUAAAUAUGCAUCGUAUUGGUCUUUUCAAACACAUUGUUUUUGAUGCUUUUAAAUAAAUAAAUAUAUAUAUUUUAUACAUUCCUAAAUAAUGUGCCUCCAGCUUUGUUUGGGGGAAAGAUGAAAAGCUCCUUUCUUCCUCUACUAUGAGUGGAAAAGUUUGUUUUAUUUUGAAUUUAAAAAGAAAGUUUUAACAAAAUUCCAGCUGUGCCUUGAUUAUAAAAACUGCUCUCCAAUAGUCACGUAAGCCUGAGUGUAUCUGUUCCAGAGUGUUUGAUUUUUUUAAUGCAUACCUCAAUACAGGCUGAAACUACGGAAUGGGAUUAGAGCCACUUAAAAAAAUAAGAAUUAUUAAGACUUCAAUCUCAGAAUUCUGACUUUUUGACUCCUGAGUAAAAUAUGAUUUUCUCUUUUCAGUGUGCCUAAUCCCCUUCUGUACUAAAACAACCACAGAAUUCUUCACCAAAGUCUUUUCACGCGCAUGUUUUAUUUCAAGAACUCAUAUAUUCGUGAAACUAUAAAUGAAUAUUUAAUCGAAUCAUUAUAGCAAAAUGAUGGAUUGUAAUGUAGAAACUCACUUAUUGAUGCCUUAAAGUUACAGCAGACCCAUGGUUUCGGGGUGUACCAAAAGGCUGCUUCUGUGUUUAGAACCACAUAAUCUGUAUGUAAAGUUUCAAUAUAACCUGUUAAUUGUAAAGAGUGUGCUGUUUUCUGGAUGUUAGUCAUGUAUUGUGAGACUCCCAGAGUUCAUUUAAUAAUCUUAGUUAACGUUUAUAACUUUGUGAGGAAACCAUUCAAAGGAAUCCUGAUGGAUUUCAUUUGCAGCUGCUAAUUUAACAUGAGAAUGCUUUGAUGUGAAAACACGACUAAUGAAUCAGCGCAUUAACUCAGGCUAUUUGUUGACUGGCAUGUGUGUUUUGUGGGGGACGGCCACACACAAACUCAAAAGGUUUGCUUGCAUGAGCAUUUUUUUAGACCACUUUGCAUUUAAGUUUUAUUUGUUUCUGUUUAUAUUUUAUUGAAUAGCAUGAAAAGACCAACUACAGUUUACACAGUGUUGAGCUUCGUGAUGAAUGAUCAAUAAAGUAUUCAUGACCACAUCCAA